GGGGGCGUCUUCGGGCGCAGCGUUGGCUUUUCGAUGAGAGCAUGGUAGCGACAGCUGCGGCGGCUGUUGCAGAUACGGAGGCGUCCAAGGCGUGGCAGGAGGAGCUCGCGGCCGAGCUCGCCAAGGCGGGCGGGCGGACUUUCAGCAAGAGGCCCGCAUUGAUGCAUCUAGCGGAGCGACAGUCGGGGCGGGCUUUUCGCAGAUCAGCCUCUUCCAUAUCCUCAGUGCCGAGUCGGUCGACGCUGUCGAAAUCGUGGACGGGGGCCUCCUUUGACUGCACCGACCUCGAGGUGGAGGAGAAGGACAAGAAGCGCUGGACCCAGCUCAAGGCCAGCAUCGGCAAGGAACUGCACGCGCCCAUCCCCUCAGCUGUUGGACCGAGCGCAGGCAGCAUCCAGCGCCUGCGGCAGGAAGGUCGCGAGAUGCCGGCGCCUCUCGGCGAAGCGUGCUCCCCGGGACGAGAAUGAACGUGUCGCAGUUGACCAAGCGGCGGCAGGGGGAGGCCAAGGAGAAGGCAGCUCGUCCAGCGGCUGCGCCACGCAGCCUGUGGCGCCUCGUGCUGCCGUUCCUGCUGCUGGCCACGUGGCUCCAGCCAGGUCAAGGGCUGCAGGCAAGGUCGCCGCUAAGGCCAGAUAGCGCAGAGGCCUAAGCAGCUAUCGAUGAAGUUCGAGCGGCAUCGGAUGAGUCGGACAUCAACUUUGACUGGGUUAAUCGGGCGGGCGGGUGAAGAAAACGGCCGUGAAACAUA